AUUGGGCGCCGGGGCCGGGUACGUCAGUGAGACUGUGACGUGCAGUCUUCCUGUUUCCUUCAGCUGUGUCUUAAAGUAAAUCUUGUCGUGGAGCGCAGCCCUCAGCUGAGGGAGCGCUCUGAAAUCAUACACCCUCGCAGCCGCGAGAGCGCGGCGGCGCAAAAGAGCUCGGCCGGGCCCGCCGCGCCCGCCCCGCGUCGCCGCUCCCCGCGCCGCCCCGCGCCUCCGCUCCGCUCCUCCGCGCCCCGCCGCUCUCCCGCGCCCUUCGCGGGUCUUCGCCGCUCUCCUCCUCGCUCCCCGUCUCCUCUCCCCGCCCUCCUCACUCUCUCCCCGCUCCUGCUCGCCCCGAUCGCCCGCCUCCUCGCCGCCCGUCCAGACUCACCGUCCCUCGUCCAAUUAUCAUAUUCAUCACCCGCAAGGUAGCGGCGGGCGUGAGCGCGCGCGUGUUUUCCUCUCCGCCGGCAGGGGAGAAAAAAAAGGCUCAGUCCCCCUGCUCUCGGCGCCGCGAGGAAACGGUGUUAUUUAAAUGAAUCGUAAUAAAAUAACCUCUAAACAGUUUCUGAGCAGGAGCCUCAGUGGAACUCCGCGCUGCGCUCCUCCCAGUUCCUAAGAGGUCCCGGGAUUCUUGAGCUGUGCCCAGCUGACGAGCUUUUGAAGAUGGCACAAUAACUGUCCAGUGAUGCCUGACCAUGACAGCACAGCCCUCUUAAGCCGGCAAACCAAGAGGAGAAGAGUUGACAUUGGAGUGAAAAGGACGGUAGGGACAGCAUCUGCAUUUUUUGCUAAGGCAAGAGCAACGUUGUUUAGUACCAUGAAUCCCCAAGGCUCCGAGCAGGAUGUUGAGUAUUCAGUGGUGCAGCAUGCAGAUGGGGAAAAGUCAAAUGUACUCCGCAAGCUGCUGAAGAGGGCGAACUCGUAUGAAGAUGCCAUGAUGCCUUUUCCAGGAGCAACCAUCAUUUCCCAGCUGUUGAAAAAUAACAUGAACAAAAACGGUGGCACGGAGCCCAGUUUCCAAGCCAGCGGUCUCUCUAGUACGGGCUCCGAAGUACAUCAGGAGGAUAUAUGCAGCAACUCUUCAAGAGACAGCCCCCCAGAGUGUCUUUCCCCUUUUGGCAGGCCUACUAUGAGCCAGUUUGAUAUGGAUCGCUUAUGUGAUGAGCACCUGAGAGCAAAGCGCGCCCGGGUUGAGAAUAUAAUUCGGGGUAUGAGCCAUUCCCCCAGUGUGGCGUUAAGGGGCAAUGAAAAUGAAAGAGAGAUGGCCCCGCAGUCUGUGAGUCCCCGAGAAAGUUACAGAGAAAACAAACGCAAGCAAAAGCUGCCCCAGCAGCAGCAACAGAGUUUCCAGCAGCUGGUUUCAGCCCGAAAAGAACAGAAGCGAGAGGAGCGCCGACAGCUGAAACAGCAGCUGGAGGACAUGCAGAAACAGCUGCGCCAGCUGCAGGAAAAGUUCUACCAAAUCUAUGACAGCACUGAUUCUGAAAAUGAUGAAGAUGGUAACCUGUCUGAAGACAGCAUGCGCUCGGAGAUUCUGGAUGCCAGGGCCCAGGACUCCGUAGGGAGGUCAGACACUGAGAUGUGCGAGCUAGACCCGGGGCAGUUCAUUGACCGAGCCCGAGCCCUGAUCAGGGAGCAAGAGAUGGCUGAAAACAAGCCCAAGCGAGAAGGCAGCAACAAAGAGAGAGACCACGGGCCAAACUCCUUACAACCAGAAGGCAAACAUUUGGCCGAGACCUUGAAACAGGAACUGAACUCUGCCAUGUCGCAGGUCGUGGACACUGUGGUCAAAGUCUUUUCGGCCAAACCCUCCCGCCAGGUUCCUCAGGUCUUCCCCCCUCUCCAGAUCCCCCAGGCCAGAUUCGCAGUCAAUGGGGAAAACCACAAUUUCCACACCGCCAACCAGCGCCUGCAGUGUUUUGGCGACGUCAUCAUUCCGAACCCCCUGGACACCUUCGGCAACGUGCAGAUGCCCAGUUCCACAGACCAGACGGAAGCACUGCCCCUGGUUGUCCGCAAAAACUCAUCUGACCAGUCUGCCGCCGGCGCCCCCCCUGGCGGCCACCACCAGCCCCUGCACCAGUCGCCUCUCUCUGCCACCGCAGGCUUCACCACGUCCACCUUCCGCCACCCCUUCCCCCUUCCCUUGAUGGCCUACCCGUUUCAGAGUCCAUUAGGUGCUCCCUCUGGCUCCUUCUCGGGGAAAGACAGAGCGUCUCCUGAAUCCUUAGACUUAACCAGGGAGACGACGAGUCUGAGGACCAAGAUGUCGUCCCACCACCUGAGCCACCACCCCUGUUCACCAGCACACCCACCCAGCACCGCGGAAGGGCUCUCCUUGUCGCUCAUCAAGUCCGAGUGCGGCGAUCUUCAAGACAUGUCCGAAAUCUCACCUUACUCGGGAAGUGCAAUGCAGGAAGGAUUGUCACCCAAUCACUUGAAAAAAGCAAAGCUCAUGUUCUUUUAUACUCGUUAUCCCAGCUCCAAUAUGCUGAAGACCUACUUCUCCGAUGUAAAGUUCAACAGAUGCAUUACCUCUCAGCUCAUCAAGUGGUUUAGCAAUUUCCGCGAGUUUUACUACAUUCAGAUGGAGAAGUAUGCGCGCCAGGCCAUCAACGACGGCGUCACCAGCACCGAGGAGCUGUCCAUAACCAGAGACUGCGAGCUGUACCGGGCUCUGAACAUGCACUACAACAAAGCAAACGACUUUGAGCAGGUUCCAGAGAGAUUCCUGGAAGUUGCGCAGAUCACAUUACGGGAGUUUUUCAAUGCCAUUAUCGCAGGCAAAGAUGUUGAUCCUUCCUGGAAGAAGGCCAUAUACAAGGUCAUCUGCAAGCUGGAUAGUGAAGUCCCUGAGAUUUUCAAAUCCCCGAACUGCCUACAAGACCUGCUUCAUGAGUAGAAAUUCCAACAACUCUUUUCGAAUGUAUGAAUAGUAGCAAUCCCCUUUGGAUGUCCAAGUUAUACGUGUCUAGAUUUUGAUUUCAUAUGUAUGUGUAUGGGAGGCAUGGAUACGUUACGAAAUCAGCUGGUAAUUCCUCUUCAUCACCUCUCUCUCACUUUCUUUGGUUUUCCAUUGCGAGGGGAUGGUUCUUUUCCUUCUGCCUUCAGUUACUUUUGCCCGAGGCCCUUAACACGUGGAGACUUAAAAUAGGGUUGACGUUCAGGGAAGAGAGGAAUGUUGACACGUGGGAAGUCCGUGUUCACAAGGGAAGGCGUCCGGUAAAGACGCUGCCCGACCGACGCUUUGCCGCACAGGCCAGUCGGCAGAGGGGGGCCCGCGACGCGGCACAGCUCUGCGGGCGGGCGCCGGGUCCCUUGUUUUUUCCGCCGUGAAGGUCAGAAAAGUCAAUGAAACCACUUCAAAAACUUAAAUAUAUUGUUUGGGUUGAACUCAGUAAAUAGCUUUUUUAUUACAUGCUUAAAAAUAAUGCCAAUGGCAGAUGAACAGCUCAUACUUCAAAAGUGUCACAAAAGGCCAAAUUUAAAAAAGAAAAGUCAUCACUAUAACUGUCAAGCCUUUCCUAAGAGAAAUGGCAGCCCCUCCCCGUCCCCCCCGC